AUGGAUUGGAUUCAUUGCAACUCGUGUUUCGUUCAACCAGAAAUAGAAAAUGGAAACACGACUAAAAAACAGUUUCAUUUAACCAGCUGCGGACAUAUAUUUUGUGAAAAUUGCAGUUGUUUCGCGGACGGAACAUUAGAUUGCUGUAAACGUUGUAGGAAUAAAUGUUCAUCUACUAUGAUAGGAGAAAAGUCAUUUCAAACAAACCCACAAGUCUUAGAAUAUUUCCAAGAGCCAGAAGAAGUUUACGAAAAAUUGCUCAUGAUGAAAUUCCAAAAAGCACAUCGUAUUAAAUUAGUUGGCCAUCAUCAGUACAUUAUAUCGAAAUAUAAAAGAGCAAAAUUAUAUAUUAAAAAACUUGAAGGUGAACUAAGGAUUGCUAAGAAUGCAUUGCGGAAUACACCACAAUAUCAACACAGCGUUACAGAAUCCCUAUCAAUUUCAACUCCAAUUUUUCAACCAAAUUCUACUCCAUUUAAUAUGAUUAACGGAGAAGCAAAUAUUCAUAACAUUCCUGCAAAAAUGAAAAUAAAAAUGCCUGAUAUGAGACAUAGGAAACAGUCAUUUCGAAAUGAAUUAUCAAUUUUAUCUACGAGAAGUAAUGCAUCUGAAGUUUCUACACCAGGUUCUUCAGUUUACGCAAGUCCUAUGCAAGAAACUUGCAAUGAAAAGUUCAUGCCUACAAUAGAUAACUUACAAUUAAAUUCAUUUGGACAUAAGUAUCUAAAAUAGAAUCAAAAAGA